AUGGCUUCGGAAUUAGUCCCAUCUUCCAGGGAUUUGUUGAAAUGUUGCAAUUGUGGAUGUGAUUGCUCCAUGUUAGCUCAAUCUUCGGGGACUUGGAUUCGAUCUGUUAAACGGAAGCAUGAUGAGUUCAAAAUGGAUGGCCAACUGGCCAUGCCCGCCUUUGCACGGGUUGAAAUUGGGAAUGAAUGUGUUGCCCUGCGUGAGAUGGUCAGUAUGCAGCAGCAAACCAUUCAAGAUUUGAAUGCAGAGUUGGAGGAGGAGAGAAAUUCUUCAUCAACGGCUGCGAAUGAGGCCAUGUCCAUGAUGUUGAGGCUGCAGAGGGAAAAGGCAGAGGUUCAAAUGGAGGCACGCCAAUUCAAGCGUUUUGCUGAGGAGAAGAUGACACACGAUCAGGAGGAGCUUCUAUCUUUGGAAGAUUUGUUGUAUAAGAGGGAACAGAUCAUUCAGUCACUUACUUGUGAAGUUCAGGCUUACAAACACAGGUUGAUGAGUUUUGGUCUUACUGAGGAAGAGGCCGAGGGUGAUCAAUAUGAACUUCCACCCUAUGAAUAUCCUCCUUUGAAAUGUAGUGUGGUGCAUGGUGCUAUGGAUGCUGAUAAUUAUGACACGGAUGUAGAGAAAUAUGCUUUUGGUGAAUCUCCAACUGACCGAUUGAAAAACUUGGAAAAUAGGAUUUCUCAAAUGGAGAAAACUCCCACUUAUAGCCAGAUGGAAGGGGAUUUUACAGGGAAAAAUGUUCUAGAGAAAGUGAUUGUUGGACAGUCUCCAAGAAUGAAUAAGCAUUCUAGUAGACUUUCCUGUGACUCAACAUCAUUUGAUGGGAUGGUUAAAGAAGCAGGGCCCGAAUCUAUGAUUGAUUCUCCCAAUCUCAAUAAUAACCAUAAGAGAGAUUAUUUCUCAAAGUCAGAGGAUCCCUCCAAGGUAGAUAAUGAAUCAGAAGGUGAAGAUGUGAAUGACAGAAUUUAUACAAUUGAUUCUGUUCAUUGUGAGUCACCAUAUAAUGGUUUAAGAGAUUCCAAAGCUGGAGCUGUUGAUUUCGAAGAGCGUGUUACCACUCCAAAGGAGUCAGGGAAUCAUGCUACUGAUUUUGAGGAUCCCUACGUCAAGAAGCUUUACAUGAGGCUUCAGGCACUUGAGGCUGAUAGGGAAUCAAUGAGGCAGGCAAUCAUUUCAAUGCGCACAGAUAAAGCACAACUGGUGUUACUGAAGGAAAUUGCUCAACAUCUGUGCAAAGAGAUGUCCCCGCGAAGAAAAAUGGCAAGGAAACCGAGUUUUGCUGGCAACUCUUCAGUAUUUUCAAUUUUUAAGUGGGUCUCUUCAAUUGUUUUCUGGAGAAAGAGAGCUCAUCCAAGCAAGUAUAUGUUUGGUCUACCACCUGAAAGUGUUGGCUUGCUGAUGCUUCUGGACAAGGGAAAACGAACAAGGCCAUGGAGAUGCGUUUCAAGUACACAAGUGGGGGAUUAA